AAUACAGUAUGAACCAAUUUCUAAUUGGUCUAGUGAUAUUACCAAUACUAGUUAUAAGCACUGGUAUCACUGAGGCCUGGUAUCAUCAUCAACAACAACAACAAGGAUUUGAUGAACCGGAACACCAAUCGCUUGGUCUACAUAAUCAUCAGCACCAUUAUCAUCAUCAUCGACACGAGCACUACCAUUAUAUUGUAGGGCCAGGCGGGCACCGGCAUCAUCUUCGUCGACACAUGCGUUUAGGUGGUGGUGGUGGUGAUGAUGGAAGUGGAUUUGGUAGGCACAGGCAUUACUUUGAUAGUGGUGAUCGAUACAGACAUUUAGGUGGUUUGGGUGGUAUUGAUAAUUUUGCUGGCAGACCCAAUCAUGGUGGUGGUGAGCCCAGGCAUCACUUUGGUGGUGGUGGUAGUGAGCCCAGGCAUCACUUUGGUGGUGGUGGUGGUGAUGGUGAGCCCAGGCAUCACUUUGGUGGUGGUGAUGGUGAGCUCAGGCAUCACUUUGCUAAUGGUAUUGGUGGUAGUAAUCAUCAUAUUAGUGAGGAAGCCCGCCACUACUACCGUUAUCGACGACCCCGACCACUACCACCACCACCCAGUUGGCUGUCACCCAGGCAUCCAGAUUAUAAUGGCGAUGGCGAUGAUGGUAUGUAUUGUGAGCACCCGCCAGAAAACUAUAAGUUUGCACUGUCCGGCUCAGGGAAAUUUAGAGGCAAAAUUGAUAACGAACUGUUUGCCGACACAUGGAUCGGUAAACACAACUCCCGAUCGAAAGGUGCCGGUCAGUGGGCUGGCGAUGCAGCUGCCGAACUUGAACUGAUGCCCGAUCUAUCAAAUCUAUUUCCAACUACACCUCCACCUACACCUCCACCACCACCGCCAACGGAGCCGCCGCCACCGCCACCACCAACACCACCUCAACGGCCUCCACUAGACGAGCCGGGUCUCAAACCGGAUGAACGUUGGGGUGUUCCCGAUCCUGUCUACGAGGUACCCGACAGUCCACCACCAAAACGACACGAUCCCAGUAGUCCCGAUAAUCCCGAUCCGAGUAAACAUCACGAUAUACCCGAUCCCAACAGUAAACACGAUAACAAUCUGGAUGAUCCAAGUAAACGGGAUAAUCACGAUCCCGUUAAACAUGAUCCCAGUCGACAUGUCUAUGAUGUUAGUACGCAAAAUAGGUUGCCACUGGUGGUGACUCCCGAAAACUAUUUGCUAGAUCCAUUUAGCAGACAUCAUAAGCAGUACCACCAGUCGGAUGGUAGUUGCGAACCGGGAGGUGAUGAUGAUAGUGGUCCACCAUCACAAGAUGGUAUAGCCAAUUAUGGUCUACAGUUUCUGGUUAAGGGAGGUGCCCGGGGUAAAUUUAAAAGUGAAACUAAAGGACAGUCGGAUAAGGGAGCAUCGCUGGACAAUGCAAUGGAUUUUGGCGGUGAAUUGGGUGGCGAAACGGGAUUUAAGUUUAAUUUUUUGGAUUAGUAUAGCCCCUCCCUUCCUGCCGCCCCCAUCCCAAAAAAUAAUGUUGAAUUUUUUUUUAUAGAAAAAAAUAUCUU